AUGCCACGGUCUCCGAAAACGCAUGCACAACAGGCCGGAAGCCAGCAAACUCCCGCGGAAAGCGGGCGGGAUGACGACCCCAGCGGCGGGUCGCUCCAGUCGCUCGAUCCGCUGCUGAACCUUUCUCCGGCUCAACAGCAUUCGGAACCCACGAUCCUGCAUUCCAACCUGGCAUCGACUACUCUUGCUUCUUACCGCCCAGCACUUGCUCAGGAGGAUCGAUUGGAGUCCACUUCUGGUCUCGAAGCCCAAGGAUGGGGGCCUAUACCUCUGAUAGACGUCGCAAACGGCAACCAUUCUGGCAACAUGGUCGACGACAGACCCAAGUUCUUCCCAGCCACCCACAGUGUCGAAGAAACGAGGAUGUUCGACCUCCAACCAGAUCGUCUUCCGGGCUUACGGCAACAAAAGUGCGAACGAGGCAAAGACGACUUUGCGCCUUGUGGGCGAUGCGCUGGUAUUCCUUUCUACCUCCUCCAGAAGCCUUGCUGUCGCGUCGACAUCGUUGACAUAAAGCUGUUCCGACUUGGUACAACAUUGGACAAACUUGGCAGUCUUCAAAAGUGGAUGCGAUCCAAAGAGCCGAGGAAGAACAAUUCAUUCCUGCAAGAUGGAACAACAGUCUUCGAGCCCCCGCACAAGGUGCAGCUCACCCAUGACGUCUGCACUACCACCUUUGAGGUGACCCUAUCACGCUACGAGGCCGGUCCGGGCGAUACGACGAGCUACUCUUGGACUGAUGCCGCGGGAUGCAAGCAGACUUAUGAGCUGCCUCCAUACUACAUAUCGGACUUGGAAGAGGCCGGCCGGAAUCUGCGCAAGUAUACAUCCAAAGCCAGAGGAGAAUUCACCCAAAGGCUUCUGGUCAACAGCAAUCCCAUCGUUCUCAAGACCUUCAAAGAGGCAGAAAGAUUCAUCCGUGAAUCCAAGAGCGCUCUCGUGACUGGUGCUUUGAUGUUCUGGUCGGCGACUCGUAUGAUCGAGAGGUUCUGGCUCAUUACCGGAGACGAUAUGCUUGGACUUGAGCCUAUGACAGAGCGUAUUGGUCCAUGCCGGUUCAAUCCAUACGUCAAGGCAGUCCCCGUCACACCUAUCAUGGAUACUCAGCUCGACGAAAUCACCAUCAAGCACGUACUGAAACCUCUCAAAGAGAAACUCUUGGAUCUCCUCGAGAAGAAAAUUUUGGAGAAGAAGAGGGAGAACUGGUACGAGAUCUACCUUGCCACCUUUAUAAUCCUUCACAACUCGGAAGUGAUCAUCAGCCAAGUCGUUGACUACUCCAGACGAUACGGCAACAGUGCCCUUUGCUGCAAGUUUGCGCCGAGAUCGAAUGAUGGGGAUUCUCUCAGCGACGCCUACUACCACGGUUGCAGGACUGUACUUUCUUACUUCCACUUUGCUUCCGGCGGCGCUGCUCCGUUUUCUCUGUCCAAGAGCGCGCUCGACUUUGAUGGGUCAAUCAUGUCCCAAGGCCAGAUUGACUUUUUGGCCGAUAUCAAUGGCGAAAUUCAGAGCCAAACUCACACUGCAUAUGCAAAGAAUACGAGCGAGAUCGGCUGUAAUCUAGAUCAUGUCUUCAAAUCGAACCUGUUUUGUGAUUACCGGGUGAAUCACUGGGCGUGUCUCAAGCCCGCCCUGGUGAUCUUUGUCAUCAUGCAUGUGUGGGCCUCUCUGCGCCUCUGGCCCGAGCCUGUUGACGCCGCCUUUCCCAACAAGGAAAUCGGUGACUGUGGCUACCCCUCCCUGCAUGCAAUGUACCUGCCAGACGCGGGCCUCCCCAACCCGGCCGUGAUGAUAGAGGCAAACGACUUUGCCCAGAAGAUGAAGAUGGACUCCCCGCCCGCGUCUGCCUCCCUACAGGGCCUCAGGGAGGCGACCCACGCCGAUCUCAGUACCGUCACCCAAAUCCAUAUCGAUAGCUUCGUGGAGGAGCCUAUGGACAAUUACUGCUACCCUCUCCGAUUCCAAUACACCGACGAUCAUUUCAAGUGGCUGAGAAGGGAAUACGAGUACUACUUGGACAAUCCGCACAAUUUGGAACAUUGCCGUACUGGCCGACGCGCCACCAAUGGGCAUGUUUUCACCAAUCCUCGUGAUUGGGCACCCCUCGCUAAAUCACAAACUCCCGCAGACCGCGGACUAGACGAACGACGCGAUGCCAUCAAGAAACACGUCGAGACAUAUGUCGCCGUGGCUGGGAAGCGCUACAAGCCCGACGGUUUCUUUUACAAAUGGUCUGACAAGCAACUCAACCUCUCCGUCCUGGCAGUUCUUCCCAAGUUCCGACGUCAUGGAGUCGGCACCAUGAUGACAAAGUGGGGCAUGGAUGAUGCUGCAGAGAAGGGCUGGCCGGUGACUGUGUGCGCCAGCCCCCUCGGCACAUUUCUCUAUGCACAUCUCGGGUUCGACGACAUAGGUACCGAGGUUAUCCAGGCCGAGGGCGAAGAAGAAUCCUUCUCGAGCGCGGUCAUGGUGCUUGUACAUAAGACUGAUGCCAGCAUUAUACUAUCAUAA